AUGCCUUCCAAAAUCUCAGUGAAGAAUCCACGUAUACCCCAGUGUCUCGCUAUCCAGAACAACCCUGAUGAGGCUAUCAAGUCAUUACGCGAUCUUAUAGGAUCAGUAUUAUACUAUCGAGCCCAAGUAAUCGUCGAUACACUAAAGAACCAAAAGGAACGUGUUGGUGUCAUACUCGGAGAGAUUGACAAGAACUGGCGAAACAUCAGCGGACUGUGUCUAACACGAAGUACGAUGCCUGGAAAAGCCAAGACCUUGCGACCAAGUGGGACAGAUUCAAGAGGUCUCAGUAGUUAUGUCAAAGCUUACAGCAAGACAACAGGGCUGCUCAAAAUAUCCGCCAAGAAAUUAAGUGAUAAGUACGGGUCCGCAGCGUACAUUAAAUCAGCUCAAAAUGCACCAAAUGAUGAUGCAGCUACACGGAAAAAGGAGUGGAUGAGAGAGGUGAUAGAAAAGGUUGAAAAAUUUGACAACGCCGUGGAAAUAUUGCCAAGUUGGCCAAACCCAUUUUAA